AUGGCUACUCACCACGAAGAAGAAGAAAAUUUGGACGAAAAGAAGCUACACGACACUGAGGACGAUGACGGCGAAGAAGAAGACCAGAAUUGGGACGACUGGAAAACAGACGGUGAAGAAGAAGAAGAGCUAGAAGGCUCAAAGGAACUGUUUUUCUGUCUGUUCUGUGACUCCGUGUUCAGUUCGUGCAGUCCUCUCUUUGAGCAUUGCGCUUCAGCUCACCACUUUGAUUUCAACGCGAUUAAGAAAACCCAUAAUUUGGAUUUCUAUAAAUGCAUAAAGCUCAUUAACUACGUUAGGUCUCAGGUGGCAGAGAAUAGAUGUUGGAGUUGUGGGAUGACCUGUCAGUCCAAGAGAGAUCUACAGAACCACUUACAUGAGUUGGUCAAUUUUGAGAGUAGCAUGCUUCAAUCAGAUGAUGAUAAGUAUCUCAAACCUAUUUUGCAAGAUGAUGCACUCCUGUAUAGUUUUGCUGAAGAUGUAGAAGAUGCAGAUGGAGAUGACAUAUCAACUGACCCAAAAGAACUGGUAAAUUUGAAUCAGUUUGAACAGAUCAGUACUGACGAUGAGAGUUGUUCAGAUAGAUAUCCAUGUCGACUUACGAAUCCUUGUGAAAAUGGGGGGAAGGAGGUUGCAUCUGCUUCUGACAGAGCAAAUCAAAUCAGAGACAUAAAUAAGAAUUAUUUCGGCUCGUACAGUUCUUUUGGAAUCCACAAAGAAAUGAUCAGUGACAAGGUGAGAACUGAUGCUUACCGGCAAGCUGUUUUGGAGAAUCCUUCUUUGCUAAGAGGUGCAGUUGUUAUGGAUGUAGGUUGUGGGACUGGCAUCCUAAGUCUUUUUGCAGCACAAGGAGGAGCAUCAAGAGUUAUUGCAGUUGAAGCCAGUGAGAAGAUGGCUGCAGUGGCAACCCAGAUUGCAAAAGAUAACGGCUUUCUGCAGAGUGGAUUUCCCAGAAGUAGUGGGCAACACGAUGGAGUAAUUGAAGUGGUUCAAGGCAUGGUUGAGGAUCUUGACAAUGCAACGCACAUCCAACCUCACAGUGUUGAUGUGUUACUGAGUGAAUGGAUGGGCUACUGCCUUCUCUACGAGUCAAUGCUCAGUUCUGUGUUACUUGCUCGUGAUCGGUGGUUGAAGCCUGGAGGUGCAAUUCUCCCAGACACAGCUACUAUGUUUGUCGCAGGAUUUGGAAAAGGAGGUACCAGUAUCCCAUUCUGGGAAAAUGUCUAUAGUUUCAACAUGUCGUGUAUUGGCUUGGAAGAAGUUGAGGGUGCUGCUCGGAAUCCUAUUGUUGACGUCAUUGACAGUUGUGAUAUCGUCACUCCUACCCAAGUUCUUCAGACCUUCGACCUGUUGACGAUGCGAUCUGACCAGAUGGACUUUACAGCAAAAGUCGAACUGGAACCAAAGUCGGUCACUCCCACGAACAACUCCACAGGGUCAAAACCGGAAAUCACUUGGUGUCAUGGAUUAGUCUUGUGGUUUGAGACUGGAUUUACUGAAAGGUUUUGUAGUGAAAUGCCAACCAAUUUAUCCACAUCUCCUUACAAUCCCAAAACUCACUGGUCCCAAACCAUCCUCACAUUUCGAGAACCAAUUGCAAUGGCAUCGUCUAAGGUUACUAGUGAAAAACCAGCCGCAGUUGGUACCAAUGCUUGCCCUGCUGUGAGCGUGCAAUCUCGUAUCAGUAUCGUCCGAGCUGUUCAGCAUCGCUGCAUUGACAUUUCAAUGGAGCUCACGGGGAUAGGAUCUGAUGAGCACGGGAGUGAAUCGGGGGAUGCGUUGGUUUGGGUUUAUUCUAUUUCUCUGUCUACAUCUGUGACAAAUAAUCAGGAAACAGAACCGGAGUUGAUAGAGCUUAAUUUUGGUUGA